CUGUCGCGCGGUGUGCCGCGAGUGUUGUCGUGAAAAGUGUGAAAAGUGCCCUAGAAUGACAUUCAAGCAGUGGCCUUGGCAGGCCCUCAUCGGCCUGCUGUCCGUGUUGUUCCUCGCCAGCAGUUGUGGGGCGGCCACCGAGCAGCUGGGCAGUCCGCCCAGUCCCAGUCCAUCGCAAAACGCCGGGGCACGGACCCUCCUGCGGGUCUACGACGAGUGCACCCGCGCGGAGGCCGGGUUUGUGCCAUGUCUGAAGAAGAAGGCCAUCUCAUUCAUCGACCGCCUGGCCCCCAUCGACGCCAUCAACGUGGCCGAGGGCAUCAAGUUGGUGCGCCUCGAAACGGCUCCGCGUCCACCGGCAGCCAGCGAGAACGAGCUGGAGUCCUCGCUGCCCCGAUCCGGGAGCGAUCGCGACGCCAAGCUCACCAACAUGCUCAUCGAGCGGCUCAGCUACUUCUUCAAUGGACACUCGCUCCAGGUCAGCUUCCCCAAGCUCACAUCUGACGAGAUUGGACGCGGUCUAGAGGAAGGCCGUGGCAAAAUGAAGAAGAUGAUGGGCAUGAUGAUGAUGGGCAUGGCCAUGAAGAUGAUGAGCAUGGUUCCGAUUGCCAUGGGAGCGCUCUACAUACUGGCUGGCAAGGCGCUGAUCAUCUCGAAGAUCGCCCUGCUCCUGGCGGGCAUAAUCGGUCUGAAGAAGCUGAUGUCCGGCAAGUCGUCGGGCGGCAGUUCCGGCUGGUCAUCAGGCGGCGGUGGCGGAGGAGGAGGCGGUGGCUGGUCCUCCGGCGGCGGCGGCGGCGGAGGAGGAGGCGGUGGCUGGGACCGGCGAUCCCUGACCGAGGCCCAGGAGCUGGCCUACCGGGCCCACAACCUCAAGCAGGAGCAAGCGGCACAUGCGCAGAGCCAUCCGCAGCUGCAGCAUCUGCAUCCGAAGGCCGCGGCGCCGCAGGUGACCAAGUCGUAGGAUGGAGACGGAGGAGUCGGAGGAGGAGUGACACCAAGUGUUAGAUAGCUGCAUUUAUCUUGUGGAUAAAUCACGGACGGCGGACGGAUUGUAAUUAGAUAUACAUAAACACUCUUUUUGCACUUGCACUGCGGGGCAGACAAGAAGACAGAAUGCACUUCCAACGGUUCACUCGACGCACAGUGGCACCCAUGGGUACAUAGUAUGAAAUGUAUCCAGAACGUGCGUUCCCACUGGGCAAGGGGAUUUUUUAUAAUGAUUACUAUUUGCUUUAAUCGAUUAUGUUUUGUUUUAUCGUAUCGCUCUGCCCUGCUCUGUUCUGUUCUCCCAUCCGAGUUUACUGUUACUGAACUCGGCCUCUGCAUCUGCAUCAAUCUUUCACAAACUCUGUAUCUGCAUCUCGCUGUGCUUUAAUUCUUAUGGCUUACUAGCUAACUGCACUUGCUAUUUUCAAUUACCUCUGGUACUUCCGCUUCUGCAGCUCCGUUUCUAUCUCACUCCACUCACAUUAACUCUAGCCUGUCUAACUGUACGUAGCCACUAAGUGUAAUAAUUUAUUUAACUUAUUUAUUUAUUU